UGCAUCCAAGAGCAUCUUCCUCUUACUUUCAACCUGGAAGCGUUCGUCAUUUGAGAUUCAACUGUGAAUUUGACUCCACUCAGAAUAUUAGCCUGUUAACUUUCUGUCGCCACUAUGUCUCUGCAGUUUGAACUGUGUCCUGGCAGAAUGAUCGGGGGCUCCCAUCCAUGUUUCAUUAUUGCUGAAAUUGGACAAAACCACCAGGGAGACAUUGAGAUUGCCAAGAAAAUGAUCAAGAUGGCAAAGGACUGUGGUGCUGACUGUGCCAAAUUCCAGAAAAGUGAAUUAGAGUACAAAUUCAGCAAGCGAGCCUUGGAGCGCCCCUACAAUUCAAAGCAUUCCUGGGGGAAAACGUACGGUGACCACAAGCGUCACUUAGAGUUCAGUCAUGAUCAAUUCAGGGAACUAAAAAAGUAUGCAGAGGACAUCGGCAUCUUUCUCACCGCCUCUGGUAUGGAUGAGAUGGCUGUGGAGUUUCUCCAUGAGCUGGAUGUGCCGUUCUUCAAAGUUGCGUCCUGCGAUGCAAACAACUUCCCAUAUCUGGAAAAGACAGCCAGAAAAGGGCGACCAAUGGUGGUAUCCACUGGGAUGCAGUCCAUGGAAACCAUACGCCGUGUCUACAAGACAGUAAAGGAGCACAACCAGAAAUUUACUCUCCUGCAGUGCACCAGCGCCUACCCUCUGGAUCCUAAAGAGGUCAACCUCAGUGUGAUCAGGAAAUACCAGGAGGAAUUUCCAGAUGUUCCAAUUGGAUAUUCUGGUCAUGAGAAAGGGAUCUUCAUCACUGUGGCUGCCGUGGCGAUGGGAGCAAAAGUUGUGGAACGCCAUGUGACCCUGGAUAAGACCUGGAAGGGAAAUGACCAUGAGGCAUCCCUGGAGCCCUCCGAGCUGGCAGAACUGGUCCGAGCAAUACGACUGGUGGAAACAGCAAUGGGGUCACCAGUCAAGCAAAUGUUACCAUGCGAGAAGACCUGCCAUGAUAAGUUGGGCAAGUCAGUCAUUGCUAAGGUGAAAAUCCCUAAAGGAACAGUGCUGAGCCUGGACAUGUUUGCAGUGAAGGUUGGUGAGCCAAAGGGUAUCCCUCCAGAACAUAUGCAGCAGCUCGUGGGCAAGAAGAUCAAAGUGGACGUUGAAGAAGAUGACAGCAUCUUGGCAGACAUGAUAGAAUAAAGGAUCUUCCCAAACUAUUGGGACAGAGAGGCAGGCAAAUAGAGGAUAGAAAAUAAAAUAGAGUUACAUAGGCAGGUAGCUAGAAAAUGGACAGAUAAUGAUGUCAUUUGUGAACAGAAAGGGAUAUGGUGCAUUUAAUGAGGGAUAAGACAAAUGUGAAUAUUAUUGAACUUGAAACAUAUGUCUGGGUGAAGUUACAUGGCAGUUAUAUGACCUUUAUGUAAUUUGAAUAAAUGUAAACACUUUUUUCUUAAGGCCACAGGCCUUUCAUGAGGAAAUACUCACACUACCAGCCUUGUCCAAAUUGAGACAUCUAUCAGAGUUUCUCAACCAGUGAUAAGAUUCACAUAUUUGUCAUACUAAUCCAGUUUGACACAAUUUCUCCCAAUUAUACAAAACACCUAUAUGUAUGCAGCGCAUGUGUCAGGAAAAAUAUUGUGAAAUGAUCUAGGGGACUUCAUAUACAAUUUCUCUUAAUCAUCCAGGUGUCACAUGUGGGCUAUAACUGUAAUCAAAUGUUUCUGUAAUUUUAAUACUUCAAAUAAACAAGGCUUUAAAG